GGGCACAGGCAAUAUAGGCUAUAAAAGAAGAAGAGAAGGGAAAGAGAAGAAAGGUGUGGAAACUAACAGGAGUGUGAUACCAGACAGAUAGAGAGAAAUGAAGGUUUUGGUUUUCUCCCUCACUCUGCUGCUGAUUUUAACAUGCGGGGAAGCCCUGAAGUGCAACCACUGUGUUCCCCCUAAGGGUAGCACUCGUUGCACCACCACAGUGGAGGAAUGUGGAUACGGCAAGGACGCAUGCGUCAGCGCCUCCUUCACAAUCGCGCCCUAUUCCAGCUUCCGACGGUGCAUCAGCAAGUAUGACUGUCGCCUGCUGCAGGGGAGCCCCUAUAUCAACGCCUACUGCUGUGACACAGACCGCUGCAAUUAGAACUCUAAUCUGGACACACACCCUUUCAAAGCAGAAAGAGCAUUUUAACUCAGAUGGCGCACUCCAGCAAAGGGCCAUUGUGUUGUGCAGCUAAAAAUGAGAUGAAAUGAAAUGAAAUAAAAUGAAAGAGAUUAAAUGAAAUAAAAGGCUGGUUGACUCAGUA